AUGAAAGGAAACUUGGUUUGGAUACAAUGUCCAUAUGAAGAGGAUCUUCAAAUAAGCAAUAAAUGGGGGCAGAAAGUUUAUCCUGAGCUACGAGCUAAGACUAAGAAGAGAAGGAACAUAGAGUUGGAAGAAAAUCUUCUCGACUCCCGGGGUAUGUAUGAUAUAGCAAAUGCUGGUAAACAAUGGAUUGGAACUCAAAAGCUAAGAAAGUUUGAACUACUUGGAUCUGUUUCACGUGCUGUUUCUAUUGAGAAAAGUACGAGUGCUAGGACUGGGUUUUGGGCAUGUGAACAUCUAGAGUCAUGGGAACAGAAUAGGAAAAGGAACUUUGGUGUAGCUUGGCAUCAUCAACAAACUCCCGAAGUGUGCAUCGCUGUUAAGAAACGGAGAUAUUUAAAAUCCUCUCGGCUCUUGGGAAGAGAAGCUAACCCAUUCUCGUGCCCUUUCGCUUUCAAGCCAAUGAAAAGAACCUUUCAAGAAGGUUCUCCUGAAAAAGUUUCUAAAAAACAGAGAACAGAAACAACCGUGGUUGCAGGCACUUUCAUUGAUUGCAGGUCUCAUGUGACUAUUGGUGAGGCACUAGAUGACGGUGACAGACUGAUUAAGGGCAAAAUUCUUGGAAAGCAGACUUGUAACCCUACUGUGGUGGCUAGCUCCUCUGGUUAA